AUGAUGAUAGAUAUGUCAAAGCAAAAGGAGUACAAGAAUCUACUUAAAGCAGCAGAUGCUACAAAUUCUUCACAAGACAAGUCAGUAGCAGUUGCAAAUUCAUCUCGAGACAAGUCGGCAGCUUCAAAUGCAUCACAAAUCAAGUCGGCAGCAGCUGCAAAUUCCUCCCGAGAUAGAUCGAUAGCUGCAAAUUUCUCCGGAGACAAGUUGGCAGCAGCUGUAAAUUCAUCCCUAGACAAGUCGGCAGCUUUAAAUGCAUCCCAAGACAAGUCAGCAGCUACAAAUUCCUCCCAAGACAAGUCGACAGCAGCUUCAAAUUCAUCUCAAGACAAGUCGGCAGCUUUAAAUUCCUCCCGAGACAAGUUCGCAACUGAAAAUUCCUCCCGAGACAAGUCGGCAGUAGCUGCAAGUUCAUCCCGAGACAAGUCAGCAGCAGUUGCAAGUUCAUCUAGAGACAAGUCGGAAGCCUCAAAUUCUUCUGAGCCAUCAUCAGUUGCUCCAACUAUAUUUGAGCAUCCAUCUGAACCCAAACAUAAAUGUGGACAUGAAUCUAAGCAUUAUUGGACUGUUGAUGCGAUAGAUAUGUAUAGAUAUGAGUACGAAGUUAUCAUGAGACCUCGUUUGCUAGUAAAAAAUGUGCAUAAUUUACCAGAAAAUGUGCGCAUUAUUGUGCAUUUUGAUAAAGAACAUGCAACAAUAGAAAAGGCUGCUGGACUUCUUGCAGGAGUUUGUAGGCAGUUGGUAACUGAUUGUGUUGUAUUUCCAAUAAGUUUUGAGAAGUAG